AUGAAUUGCACUUAUCAUAUACAAAAUCCAAUAUCCAUAAUAUGUAUAGCUCCUCACAUGUGUUAAUAUUAAAGGAAACUUUGCUUUGAAUGCCUUUAUGAACAAGAUGUGAAUGUCAAACAAACAGUUGUGAUUAAGAAGUUUCAAGAAAUGGUUAUCAAGAAAUUUAAAGAAUCCAAGCUUGAUGAAACAUCUGAGUUAAUCAAAUAGAGAAACAAUUUCAAAUCAGUGCUCUCUCAAACAGAGAGUACUAUGAAGAAAAUUUGGGAAGAAUUAUCUGAAUCAAUCAAAUAGGUUUACGAUUGGAUUGAAUAGGAAUACUUUAAUAUUAUCAACCAAAGUACAAAUUUAGCAGAAUCCUCCUAUGCUGACUUAGAAAAAUUAGUCUAAAUUGUUAUUGGAACAAAAUUAAAUGAUUUGAAUGGUGAGAAGAAUUGGUUUUUGAUGAAAUUAGAAAAGACAUAGAAUUGCUUGGUCCAAGAGAUUGAAGGGUUUAUCUAAAAGUUCAAGAAAGAAAUGUAGGAGAUUCAAUCAUUAAUAAUUAAGAAAGAGUUUAAAUCAUAACCCCUGAUUCAAUCUGAUACAAACCUUGAGAAGUACAUUUUAUAAGUUUAGCUUAGUCCCAAUUAACAAUGGUAAUUUUCUUAAUAAUUGACAUUCUCAACUACCUAUAAGCAUAGUAGUUGUUCAGUAACUUAGAAGAGUGGAAAAGUUAUUGAGAAUAAUUUAUAUGAUUGGUAGUGGUAUUGUUGUAUGUGUGAUUAAAUGAUUCCUAAGAAUGAUGUGAUCUAAUUUGCUUUUAAAAUUAUUGAAAUUGGUUAUAUCAUGAUUGGAAUUGGUUUCAGGGAUAUUGUGUAGAGUAAGGGUUAUUAUUAAUGUUAUUAAAUUGGAGGAGGGUAAAUUUACGAUAUUAAUAGUUCAAAAUAGAACAUAUAAUAUAGCAAAUUGCGGUUAUUGCUAUAAUCAUGAUUAACAAGAUAAAAAUAAUAAAAGAAUAGCAUUUCCAUUUACAACGAAUGAUAUCAUAAUCGUUGAAGUGGAUAUUGUAAAGAAGUACGUGAAAUGGACAAAGUAAUUCACAAAUGAAUCAUUCGUAUCAAUUCUAUUUAUUAUUAGACUCUCGCUAUUAAUACAUCUAAAGAUUUGUAUCCAUGUGUACAUUUAUCUUAUAAAUGCAAAGUAGAGAUAUUAAAUUAAGUGAUCAAAUGA